AUGGCGGGAUCAACCAACAGAAGAAAUCAAGACUUACGAAUUACACUCACAUACGGAACCGCACCAGCUUCAUUCCUAGCCACCAAGGUCAUACAACAACUAGCGAAGAUGGAAGAGGAGCGAUUCCCCAUAGGAGCAAAGAUAGCGUGUCGUGACCUUUAUGUCGACGACUUAAUAACAGGAGCGAACUCAAUGGAAGAAGCGUUAGCGAUUCGUGCUCAGAUAACGGCAUUACUCAAGGGUGGAGGUUUCGCACUCAGAAAGUGGACCUCAAAUAGCGAAGAACUAUUAAAAGGGUUUCCUGAGUCAUCCAUCAGCAAUACAAUACUGGAAUUGGACAAGGAUGGAACUGCUAAAACUCUAGGCAUCAAAUGGAAUCCGUCAAAAGAUGUGCUACAAUAUACGAUUGGUGUGCAAGCACCUCAGACAAGCGCUUGCACCAAAAGAUCAAUGUUAUCUAGUAUCGCUCAGAUAUUUGAUCCACUUGGACUCGUGGGACCUGUGAUCGUGACCGCCAAAAUCAUGAUUCAGAAGCUCUGGAAACUUCAGAUUGACUGGGACGAAUCGCUGCCCUCGGAGAUUUAUACAGAGUGGAUAAAUUACGUCAUGAAGAUACAAGAGCUCAACGAAUUUAAAGUACAACGCAAGGCAUUCGUUUAUGGAAAAGACGUACAAUUCGAGCUUCACGGAUUUUGUGACGCAAGCGAGCGAGCUUAUGGAGCUUGUAUUUAUGUACGAAGCAUCGAUUCUCACGGAGGUAUUCAAAUGCAUUUACUCUGUUCUAAAUCUCGCGUGGCUCCUGUCAGAGUGAUCACUAUUCCGAAAUUGGAGCUAUGUGGUGCUGAGUUACUUACAAGAUUGAUGGACAAGGUCAAACAUGCGCUAGAGAUCGACAUAAAAAAAUGUUAUUAUUGGACGGAUUCUUCUAUAGUGCUGCAUUGGAUCAAAGCCACUAACAAGAAACUACCUGUUUUCGUGGCUCACAGAGUUGGCGAAAUACAGGAUCUAAGCGCGGUCGACAGUUGGAAUCACGUAGGAAGUAAGGAUAACCCAGCCGAUUUAGUGUCAAGAGGAGCACAUCCGAGAGAAGUGGCUGACUCUCAGCUUUGGUGGAGAGGUCCUUCUUGGCUGCAGGUGAACAUCAUCGUUCAGCAUCAUUCAGAGAUCGCGGACAUGGAGGAAAGUCAACUGAACGAAAACGAUACCUCGACGGUUCUGUCAAUGCCUAUUCAAGCAGAUGUCGAUCCAUUCAGCAAGUUUUCUGAGUUCAAGAAGCUCGUUCGAGUCGCUGCGAGGUGCAUACGAUUUGCACGCUUCUGUACAAAGAAAAACGAGGCUAAAGCUUCAGGUCCAUUGUCGCCCGAAGAAAUAGAAUGCGCUAGAAAGUGUAUAAUCAGGAGAGAGCAACGAACAGCGUUCUGUGAGGAGUUACGAGCGUUAAGAAAGGGCAUCGAGAUGUCACGUAAAAGUAGCGUGAGAGCAAUGAAUCCUUUUCUCGAUGAGGAUGACAUUUUACGUGUCGGUGGCAGAUUGGAGCAUUCGGAACUUCAUCAGGACGCUAAGCAUCCUAUACUUUUACCUCAUCACUCAAGAUUAGCUAAAUUAAUUAUUCAGUAUGAGCAUAAGAAGAAUCUUCACGCUGGAGUUGAGGCGACACUCGCUGCAGUGCGACUUCGAUAUUGGCCGAUCAGGGCGCGCGGAACGGUCAAAGGACUGCUACGCCAGUGCAUCACGUGUUUCAAGGCCCGACCACGAAUAUCGGAGCAAAUAAUGGGCAACCUUCCGGCGCAUAGAGUUGCGACUGCGAGACCAUUCAGUUCUACUGGCGUAGACUUUUGUGGUCCCAUAUUCAUCCGCGAAGGAAGACGCAAGAAUAGCAAACAUAUUAAGGCCUACGUUGCAGUAUUAGUAUGUAUGGCCACGAAAGCUGUUCAUUUAGAGGUCGUAUCGGACCUGAGCACGGACGCCUUUCUUAACGCCUUUAAACGCUUUAUCAGUCGCAGAGGAAAACCAAGUGACGUGUUCUCAGACAACGGCACGAACUUUGUCGGUGCCAAUCGGGAGCUGGAAGACCUCAGAAAGCUAUUCGCUCAAGAAGAUCAUCAACACAAGAUUAUUGACGCAACUUCCAGCGAAGGAAUAAGAUGGCAUUUUAUCCCUCCCCGAGCGCCACAUUUCGGUGGCUUGUGGGAGGCUACAGUUAAAUCUUUCAAGGGUCAUUUCUACAAAGUAGCUUCAGAAGCCGCACUAACCUUCGAGGAAGCCUCCACACUCGUCACACAAAUAGAAGCGAUUCUCAAUUCGAGACCAUUGAACGCUCUCUCAUCGGAUCCUAAUGACUUGAAUUAUCUGUCCCCAGGUCACUUUCUUCGGCUGGAGCAGAUACGCCAGCAUUUCUGGAAACGCUGGUCGCUCGAGUAUCUGUCACAAUUGCAACGACGUGCCAAACGGCAUACUACUCGCGGCGAACAGCUCAAGGUUGGUCAACUGGUGCUAUGUAGAGAGGAUGGACUGCCGCCGUUGAGAUGGAUGCUGGGUAGAGUACAGGAAGUCUGUCCCGGCGACGAUAACAUCAUCAGAACAGCUAUUGUAAAAACUGCUAGAGGAGUCUUUAAAAGGCCCGCCGUAAAAUUAAGCGUACUUCCCAUUGAGUCUUCUACGAAUCUUAAAGAAGAUUAA